AUGGCGUUCAACUUCAACUGGUCGCCUUUGAUGGCGGACGCGAGUUUUUACACUCGCGCCCAAGAUCUGCUCACUGCCGCUCUUAAUAAAUCGCCAAAACCUCCAAUAAUCGUUGACGAUAUCCACGUCACUGAGUUGAACUUGGGCUCCAUCCCCCCAGAACUCGAGAUUUUGGAAAUCGGCGACUUGGCCGAAGAUCGCUUUCGUGGCAUAUUUAAGAUGUCCUAUACUGGUGACGCCUUUCUCACCUUGAAGACCCGAGUUCAGGCGAAUCCACUCAAUACCUUCCUCCUCACUCGACCAACCUUUGGCUCGCCAGUACCUCUUGCUGCAGCCACCCCGCUCACUAUACCUUUACAAAUCACCCUCUCCGACUUCAAACUCUCUGGAUUCGUCAUACUAGUUUUCUCAAAGCAAAAAGGAAUUACAGUCGUGUUUCGCAAUGAUCCGCUUGAGUCACUCAAGGUGUCCUCGACCUUCGAUUCGAUCCCCUUCGUGCGCGACUUCCUACAAAAAGAAAUCGAAGCCCAGCUUCGGAUAUUGUUCAUGGACGAGCUCCCGGCCAUUAUUCAUCGACUAUCGCUCCGGUUGUGGGUGCCAGAAUAUCGCACAGGGGAGGAAAUGAACGACGAGACCGAUAACACAGCCAAGUCAAGAAGCGAAGGCCCUGGCCAAGAUCCUCUAGCUAGCCCGCCUCAGGAUCCCGUUGAUUCCCUCGGAAAUGCAUUGAACGAGUCGGAAAUCGCAUCGCUCUCCCUCGAUUCAUCGGUCGAGACCCACUCCCUCUUCUCGCAAAAGAAUUUACUUCGCCUCGCCGCUCUGACAGAUUCACAACGUACGCUGUCUUUAUUCACUCCCUCGAUCCAGGAAGUCGUGUACCGAGCCUGGACCUCUCCAAUCGAUACCAGCGAAUUCCCUUCGAGUGUGAUCUCUCCACUGAGCCCGACCCUUUCGCGUACACACUCUCAGAUGGGAAGCAUGUCUUCCGUUCACGAAACCGCCAGCACGGUCUCAAUGCAAAGUCGACCAUCUAUGUCUAGCCAUUCAUUCAGUACGAGUAACUAUGGUCUGAGCCUGGGCGCUGGGCGUCAUUCCAAAGCUCACUCGAGGAAACGCAAGAAGCGUGUUGUGGAUUUGCGCCGCCCCAAGACCACCGAUGACGCCAUGAGCGUAAGCGAUGAAAGUGUCGUGACCGAGUCGUCCCGACCUCCCUCCAUCGUCUCCGCGCCUCUCCCUAUUGUGAAUGAGCCGUCAGAUGACCCAGUCACACCACCCUUGUCAGCUGAAGUCGACUCCCACUUGCCGAUUAUUCCCGAAAGGCAUUUGUCCAGCCUCUCCCGCCCAACACGUCAAGACCGGGACUUGUCAUACCACCAUGACACUAUCCGUGGAUCCAAAGCAGAGGAUGUCGACGGCACCCCUCGCGCUACUGUGCGCAGUUAUCCUCAGGAGAAGGCCGAGCCGGGAUCGUCAAGCAAUCAGCGCCCCGAGCUACCUGCGACUGUUCUCCCGUUCACCAAAGACGAAAGACUCAACAAUGAAAGCGUUGAUUCCGUUCUGGUUGAAAGACUGGCCGGUGAAAUUGCUCGUCGGAUGCGUGAGGACAAGCUUAUGACAAAUGCGUGCAGUGGCUUCUGGAGCCGUCAGCAUGAAGACAGUCCUCCCCCUGCUUAUGGGCACUGA